UCAGUACAUUUACCCCUAGACCUCAGUACGUGUAUAAUGUAUACAUAUGUACCGUAGUGACAUAGUCAAAAGACCAAAUCAAUGCCUACACAUCGACACUUAGCGUUUACAGGCCGACGGUAUUCUAAGUUUUCCGUACUUCUGUAGUACCACACGGAGGAUACCCAUGGACAUAUAACUGCUUCCCCAUCAAAAUGGCUGUACAGACUGAAGUCUUUGUCUGUGGGAUAGGGCCAUCUUCCCAUCGUGACUAUGAAGAAACCGCCUGCCUCAGACAACAAGGAAAAUGCUCAUAAACCAGACACAAAGAGUAGCGGUAACGACAGGAAGAAAUCAGAAGCUAGUUCUCCCGACUCUAAACGGCAGUGCAUAACAGAAAUUGUCUAUAAGGAUGUUUACCUGAUGGACAGGACAGGUGGACGAUUCGACAAGAACCUUCUGGCCAACAGUCUGACGGCCAAACUGAAACAAAACAUUCCAGGCGAGUUUACGACAAAGACACAGUUGAUGCACAAACUCCGUCGGGAAAGUUUGAAAGAUUAUGUUCACUUAGAAAAUCUCAACAAGAAAUACGAUAGCGAAAUGCAGGUGCAAACAAAUCGCCUUGACAACGAGAGCAAUCUUUUGCUUCGUAGACAUGACAAAAUGCGGAAACAAAGUGAAUACCAAAGGAAAAACCAAGAAAAGAUUCGAUCUCAAAUUAGGAAUCCUUCUAUGAAACAGCCUAAUGCUGCGUCAUCUGUGUUUCCUCAAAUCAAAUAUUUUUCCCAGGCGCAUGCGGCUUCCCAACCUCCAGAUGCCGCCACUGUUGAGGUACAUCCGUCACACCAGUUAGAAAACGCGGCAGCAUUUCCGUCAUUUUCGGUCGACACACAUGAUCCGACCAAUGUGAAAGUUUUCAAAUAUCAAGGGAUAUUUCAACCACAGAACAAAUAUUCUAGCAGACGGAACAGUCAGAGAUCGUCUGCCUCUGGUGGGAUACUAAAGAGAGAUAUGAACACUCCAGAGUAUGAAAUCCUCACCCUCUCUUUAGAGGACGGUAGCGAGAGUAGAGCGUCAAAUAAGAAUCGAAAUGACAAGAAGAGAAAAGGACUCCGUGUGACCUGGAGUGGGGUAGAAAGAGAGUUUGAAAGGGGUCGGGUUAAUCAUGAGGACACAGUGUCCAAUGACAAUGAACUCCGCGGUGAUGGGGGUGCGUCUACACCCAGUACCACCAAAAGUGCAAGCAGUGGUUAUGGAUUACAUUAUCGGCAAAACAAGCGAAAUAAAAUCGAAAACAUUGGGAUAAAGUGGAAGCUACCACAAGGAUCAAAACAAUCCACCCGAGCUGUGAAAUCAGCCACUGCCGCUUAUGCCACAAACUCCCGUUCUAAAAAUCUGAUGCCAGUGUCGGGUGGCCUUCACCAGACUGGAAUGUCUGUGACUCGCACGAGAUGGCACGUGCCAUCGGCGCCUCCCCUAUCAUCGUAUGAUCUUUACAGGGAGUGGCUACAUAAACUCGACAAACUAAAAUCACCUAUGGAACCCAAGCAGUUUUUAAGGGAAGUGCCUGCUAUGGACCAAAAGAUGGACAGCUGUAGUCGUGGUUACACUCUUCCUGCCAAUAUCUCAGAGCAAAUGAACUUGUCGAUAUACGCUGAGUCUAACGUAGUGUAGACUUUGUGAACAUGUAACUUCCGGGUAUUGGAUUAAGGAAUUUCUCCUCUGUGAUACCUAUUUAUCGUGAUAGGCACAUUAUGGUUCUAGGGUAUGAAAUGAAAUAACAUUUUUUGUAAUAUUUUAACACAAAUGCUGUUUUACAAUAUUGUUUCCAUUUGUUUCAAAGCCUAGCUACUGUCACGACUAGUUAACGCUUAUUUAUUUGUAUUUUAGUUUAUUUUCAAUAUUAUUGAUAUUCAUAAAUGUAAGCUGAUGAUUACAAAUUAAAAAUGCUAAAUUUGUCAAAUACAUACAACAAAGUAAACUACAUAUGUCAUGAACAAAUAGCUACUCAUCUCAAAUAUAUACGUCAAAAUCAGCUACCGUUUCAUAAAGUAAUUACGUAUGAUAGCAUAUGUCCCAAAAUGUAACUACUUAUGUACCAAACCAAGUAACCUACCAUUGUUAAAUAAAUACAACAAGUCAAUCUGCUGAUGUCAAAUAUAUGCAACAAAGUUAGCCUCAAUGUCUGACAUACAGAACAACGAAAUCUUCAUAUGUAAAAUGUCUUACGUUUCCCCCCAAGUGAAACGUUUGCUUUCAUAGGACGUAAUAUGUGUGCGUUUUAUCAUAGCCGUAAGGACAAGGGUAUAGAGGAACACCAAUAGGUGUCAAACAUUUUCACCAGACACAGUCAAAGACAUAUGUAGAUAUGACGAAUUAUGAAAUAUCUUAACAUGGGAAAAUAUCUGUACUUUCUCAUCUAAAAUUUAAAACAUCGAUCGAGGACAGCAUACCAUUUCAUAUUGUAUUUUGUUUAUAAGGAUUCUCUAACUUAUUUAUAAAAUAGUAAUGAAAAUGAUGUCUUUAUCUAUGUAAACCAGAAUGUUUUUUAACUAAUUUUUUCCAAUGAUGUGUUAGAGAGACCGAUAACAUGUCAUACAAGUUUGCAAUAUUGCUACGGCCGUCUUGAUUGGCUGAUCUGAAUUCGUAUCGUAUUGAAAAUAAUGUAACUGUGUAUAUAAUUAUGUAUGUAACAUUAAAUGAAAACAGGAUUUAAUGAUGUUUUGCAUAAAUUAAGUCUAUUGAAUAUAAACGUAUAUAAAGGGCGAUACCGGUCCUUUAAUUGAAGGUAAUUGGAAGUCUUAAUGUUAUAUAUAGUUAACGCUGGAACAUGAAAAUAAUGAAAUAAACAUAAUGUUUAUUUGU